AAGAGAGAUAAAAAGAAGAAUGUCGAAAACGCUGGUGCAACCGAUAGGGCAAAAGCGGCUGACGAAUGUGGCCGUCGUGCGUUUGAAGAAACACGGCAUGCGAUUUGAAAUCGCUUGCUACAAAAACAAAGUCCUCUCAUGGCGUUCCCGGGUCGAGAAAGAUUUGGACGAGGUUCUACAGUCCCAUACGGUGUACUCCAAUGUUUCGAAAGGGGUUCUUGCUAAGACCAAAGAUUUGGUUGCUGCUUUUGGGACUGAUGAUCAGACUAAAAUUUGUUUGGAGAUUUUGGAGAAAGGGGAGCUACAAGUUGCUGGGAAGGAAAGGGAAUCGCAAUUUUCGAGUCAGUUUCGGGAUAUAGCGACGAUUGUCAUGCAAAAAACCAUCAAUCCUGAAACUCAGCGCCCUUACACCAUUAGUAUGAUUGAGAGACUAAUGCAUGAAAUUCAUUUCGCUGUUGAUCCCAAUAGUAGUUCCAAGAAGCAGGCUCUAGAGGUUAUUCGUCAGCUUCAGAAUAACUUCCCCAUAAAACGGUCGCCCAUGAGAUUACGACUCAUAGUUCCUGGACAGAACUUUUAUUCUCUUUGUGAGAAGCUGAAUGAAUGGGGUGCUACCAUUGUUUCAAAAGAUGAAUCCGGAACUCAGCUGUCAGUUAUUUGUGAAAUAGAACCAGGGCUUUUCCGAGAAUGUGACUCCCUUGUGAGGAAUUUACAGGGUAGAUUGGAAAUACUUUCAGUGUCUGUACAUGCCGAGGGGGAUACGCAAGUGGAUAAUUACGAUGAUGAGGAUAUAUCAUCACAGCUGCCCAAGGAUUCGGCCGAGUCAGCAUCAUCACGUUUACCCCCAGAAUCUUCUGAUUCAGUUGUCCAACUAAGUGAGAAAAUACAAAAGCAUACCAUCUCUUCAGGAAAUGGGAAUGCUGAAGGGGAGGCAAAGCAACAUAAGUGCAGCACAUGCAAUGCAUUUGUGGGGGAUUCCAAACAGUACAGGGAUCACUUUAAGAGUGAGUGGCACAAGCAUAAUUUAAAACGGAAAACCAGGCAACUUCCUCCUCUUACUGCAGAAGAGUGCUUAGCUGAUGUGGAAUUGAGUGACUCAAAAUCGGAUUUGCAGGAUUAUUCAUUUUGAUUUGGGGCUAAAAACUAAUGUGAGUGCAUAUACCAUUUCUUUUCUUUUACUAUCUUUCGUUGUUUUGAUCAGCUGGACAUGAACUCAGUUGUAAAUUUGGCUUUGUAUUACUUGGGUAUGGCCAUUAGAUGCGGGUAUUCGGGUGUGAGUUUCAGAUACGAAUAUGUCAAAUUUUGUUUAAGAUUUUUAUUUAGAGGAUUUUUGAAGGAGCACAUCUCUAUUAAGGUAUGUCUGUGAUUGGCUAUGUAAUGGACAUGGAUUAAGUAUAUUAAUCUGAAGAAUCUAGCUUAUAAAA